AUUCUUUUCUUUUGUCGUCUACUUUUUAUUUGUAAUAUUUUCUUCAUUUCUCCCGCGCUUCCGUUAUAGAUUUGCGUUUAAUUUUCUUUCUACACCUUUAUCAAAUGCAAUUGGCCGGUGCUAGAAAGCUACUGGUCGGGCCGCACGGCAAGGCUGCGCCAGCGUGGACGCGCGCUUAUAGUUUGGGGAGCACAUUGGCAAACACAACAGGAAAACAAGCGACGAGCACCACGCCCUUCACAUGCUUGCGCCGCAGCCUGCUGCUGAAAAAAAUACAUACCUCACCGCUGCUCAGAGCCCAAACCCGCGAGUACGGCCCACUUUCAAGACGACACAUCGCCCUGGGCUCCACACUCACUGGUGCAGCGCGGCCGCCGCUCAAUGAGCUCGCCGGGCGGCGAUUUCUCGCAGCACUGACAAUGCGGCACUACGUUCCUAGCCGGCCGUUCCGGAAGCUGUUCAGCGGCAAAGUGCUUCUUGCUCUGCUCAGCGGCAUCACCCAUAUUUUGCGCGCCAGCCUGCGUCUGCCCGUUAUGCUGCUCACUUCGACCAUUGCGUCGCUGGCGUACGUUGAGUACAAGCUGAGUCAGAUGCAUGCCCCUGGGUGGAUUACAGGGAGCCUGGAGAGCGCGCGCGGGUGGCUCGAGGGCAUACGCGAAUCAGCGUGGCUGCGCGCACUCAGCAGCGAUGAUCGCGAGGAGGAGGACAGCUCGGCUGUUGACAAGGCCAUGGGAAUGCGUGACAGCUGGGGAGGCGGCGGGUCUGGCGGCAGCGGCGGCAGCGAUCCGGCUUCUGGAGGAAACCCCCAACCGCCGCCGCCAAAGGGUGACUACUACACCAGCCCCGAGCCCGAAUCUUUGCGUGACGACGUGCCCGAGCCGGUGUCGCGGCCGAGAAACAGGGCCAAAACGAGCCGGCGCGACGACAGCUCGGAGAAUGCGCUGAUGGAGCUAACAAAGAAGCUCCUCGAGAUCCAGACGAUACUAAAGACCGUGCAGCAGAGCGACGACGACGGCAGAAACGGCAGCAGCAGUGCGCUGCAGCUGCCCAGCAUUGUCGUUGUGGGGUCGCAGAGCUCGGGAAAGAGCUCCGUUCUCGAGGCCAUCGUUGGCCAGGAGUUUUUGCCCAAGGGUAACAACAUGGUCACGCGGCGGCCGAUUGAGCUGACGCUGAUCAACACGCCGGACUCGGAUGAGGAGUACGGUGCGUUUCCGCAGCUGGGGAUGGACCAUGUGGGCGAUUUCCGGCAGAUCCAGCGCACACUCUACGACCUCAACAUGUCCGUGUCCGACGCAGAGUGCGUGUCGGACAAGCCCAUCGAGCUGCGCAUAUACUCGCCGCACGUGCCGGACCUGCGGCUGGUCGAUCUGCCCGGAUACAUCCAGGUGGUCAACCGCAAGCAGCCGCCGGAGCUGCGCCAGAAGAUCCGCGAUCUAUGCGAGGGGUACCUCAAGCAGCCCAACAUUAUUUUGGCUGUGUGCGCUGCCGACGUCGAUCUGGCCAACUCUGAGGCGCUCAAGGCCAGCCGCCGUAACGACCCGCUGGGCAUGCGCACCAUCGGCGUCAUCACCAAGAUUGACACCACCGCUCCCGCCGCCGCCACGAGCAUUCUGACACAGAACGACUACCCGCUGCACCUUGGCUACAUUGGCGUCGUCUGCAGACCCGUCAGAGAGACGCCCGGCCGCGACGUCAUGCUCUCCGAGGCGCAGUACUUUGGCCGCCACCCCGAGUUCCGCCAGCCCGGGCUGCAGGUCGGCGUCGGGACUCUGCGCCGCAAGCUUGUCCGCGUCCUAGAGGACAGCAUGCGCCGCAGCCUGUCUAACCUUACAGACGCCGUGCGCAGCGAGCUCGAGGAGACCAAGUACCAGAUCAAGGUGCACUACAACGACGAGCGCGUCAGCCCCGAAUCGUACAUGGCCGAGAGCCUCGAUGCGCUGAAGCAGCGGUUCAAGACGUUUCAGACUCAGUUUGGCAAGCCACAGCUGCGCACCGAGGUGCAGCAUUGGCUCGAGAGCCGUGUCAUGGAUGUCUGCGCCGAGCUGUACUGGAGUGACCCGGCCGUCGUUGCGCUCAGCACCCGAGUGACCCGCUCGCGCGCUGCCGGCUGGUGGGCCGACAUUCGUACACGCGCCGCACAGGCUGCGCAGGCCGCCACUGGCGUCAUUUCGGAGCUUUUGGCGGCCGAUACGGCCAAGGACCAGCGCGGCCCGCGGCUAGGCGGCAAAUCAACUAGCAUCGGCGGAGAGUCGGCCGGGGGCUCGCGCGGCGGCACGUCCGGGCACCAGGGUGCGACUCCUGUGGCGCGUGAGUGGAGCGAUGUCGACGAUGCAUACUGGGACCACCAGCUGGACCGCGCCGCAGCACUACUGACCAAAAGCGGCGUCGGCAGGUGGACCACGCAGCUGGUCGUCGAUCUGUUAAUGGACAACGUAACAUCGAUGGUCGACGCCGAGCCCUUCAUACACCACCCGGAUACGCGCACCGCCGUGCUGAACUUUAGCCACGCCAUCUUGCGUAGCAAGUACCACUCGACAGUUGAUCAGGUGGAGAACACCAUCAAGCCCUUUAAGUACGAGGUCGAGGUUGAGCCUCACGAAUGGAAGAAGGCGCAGAAGAGGUCCGGCACCUUGGUCGAUAACGAAAUUCGCCUUUGCCGCCAGGCGCUGGUUAAGCUCCGCACGAACGUGCCGCGCAAACAGCUGCAGCAGGCGAUUCAGCUCGCCAGGGCCGCCGAGAAGCGCGGCAUUGACCCCGUUUCCAUCCACGCAGAGCUCAUCAGGCGCAAUGGCGAGCAGGCCGCCGAGACCGAGGGAACGGGAAAUGCCGAGCAUGAGGGCGCUGCGUUGGAACCCCAGACCACCCCUGAUGAGCUCAGCUACGCACAGCACAGCCCGCGCAUGCUCCGCCGCGCGCAACAGGUGCUGAUGAUCCAGGACCGGCUAAACAUCCUCCACAUGCGUCGCAAGGCCCUUGCCAGCACGUCCUGCGCAUCGCCCGAUAACAAGCGUCUGUGCCCCGAGAUCUUCCUCGAUGUGGUGGCCGAAAAGCUGUCCUACAACGCCGUGCUGUUCAUCAACUACGAGCUGCUGCAGGACUUUUUCUUUCAGUUCCCCCGCGAGCUUGACUCCAACUUGUACUACGGAAAGACGCUGCAGCAGACGAGGGAGUUUGCCAGCCAGAAUCCGCGGGUCGGGAAACAGCUGCAGUUGCUUGAGCGCCGCCAGAAGCUCGAGGUUGUGAUGACCAGGCUGCAGGAGCUGAUGCGGCAGCAGGCGCAGCAGGCGUCGUCGGAGCCGUACGGGCGCCAGGGCAGCGGCGUAAGGGCCGGUUUACCCGAGCAGUCGUCGUACCGUCGGACGUUCCCUGGUCUCUGAAAAACAAAAAGUUCACAUAAGGAAAUAUAGCUUAAUCAAACAGUCUGUUUUAAUCCAAAAAUCAAGA